AUGUCCGGUAUGCCAAAUAUGGGUGGUCCUGUCGGGGGUGGUAUGCCCAUGAUGAAUAAUGGGGUAGCUGGUGGAGCUGCUCGACACCCUACGAACAAUGAUAACAACCGGUCGCAACUAAACACCUACAUUUACGAAUACUUCCUCAAGAAUGGAAUGUUCGAUUGCGCCAGGACGUUAUUGAAUCAUGAACAAAUUAAUGUCGUCAAAGAUAGCCCUGGUCGUGGCGACGGGGAAGAUGGAGAUGAUUCUAAAGAUGAUAUUGAUUCGAAGAGACCCAAUGAUCUUCCUCUGCCUAAUCUUCCCAAAGAAUGCCCUGAAGGUUGUUUCCUGUACGAGUGGUUUUGCCUCUUUUGGGAUAUGUUCAAUGCCCAGCGAGGCAAAGGAGAUGCACGCAAUGUCCUUUCUUACGUCUCACAUACACAGCAAUCGCGCCAAAAGGCAGAGCAACAACAAGCAACACUUCGUGGCCUGAACCCGUUGCAUGGUGGUCCAGCUUAUGGUCGUAUGCCGGGUGGUAUGAUGGGUCCCAAUGAUCUUGCACGAAAAGCCAUGAUGAAUGGUAGAGGCGGUGGACCAAAUCAACAGCAUUUGCAGCAAUUACAACAAAUGCAGAUGCAAAAACAACAAGUUAUGCAAAGAGAACCUUCGGACGGUAAUCAUCCACAGCGGGCUCAAUCCCCAUCAUCUGCCGAGAACGCCCCGUCUCCAUCCAAGCGACCUAGACUUGAUGGACCUACCUUUAAUCAACAAGGUGGAAUGGCACCUAAUGGAAGGGGACAAUCUACUGGAAUUCCAGCCCAACAGGUGGGAGAAACCGGCCCCAGCAAUACUGUUCAAGCAGCUCAUUUGCCACUUUCACAUGGCAUCGAUUCAAAUCUGACAGCUCAGCAGUUCUCAGGUUUCCAAGGUCAAAAUCCCACUCAGAAGAAUCUUCAAGCAGCAUACCAAGCCAACUUGUCUCAACAGCAGCAGAAGCAAAUGUCUGGCGUCGCCGCCGGAGGGCCUCCAAACCAAGGAUCGCCCAUGAUGACACAGGGUGUUGAUAGUAAUGCCAUGGCAGCAUAUGGUUACGCCGCAGGUGAGAUGAACCAGAAUGGUGUAAGAGGCGCCCCAGGUGGUCAACAAGGUGGUCAAGGUAAUCAUGCGUUGCAGGAUUAUCAAAUGCAAUUGAUGUUGCUCGAACAGCAAAACAAGAAACGACUUAUGAUGGCUCGCCAAGAACAAGAUGCUAUUCGUCCUGACGGUCAAGGAGGACCUGGCGGCCCUGGUAUGGGACCUAACGGACCCAAUUUUCAACAAGGAACUUCACCACAAAGUGGACCUCGAUCAGUAAACUCACCAAACCCAAGUGAACAGAUGAAGCGAGGAACUCCUCAUAUGAACAACCCCGGUAUCCCUUCUCCUCUGCCUGAAGGCCAAAACAGAGGAUCUCCAAGUGCAAUGAAUUUCAACAUGGGACAAGGUGGACAGAUGGAUGGAGGGAUGAAUCCACAAUUUUACAAGAUGGACGGAAUGAAUGGUAACAUGAUGCAAAACGGCAUGCGCCCACCUAGUUCCCACCCUGGGUUUAAUCCACAAGGGAUGUCGCAACAACAAAUCAUGAUGGCACGACAACAAGCCGGUAAUUGGCAGAACGGUCCAAACGGCGGUGCUCCUAUGGUUGCCAACCCCUCACAGGGUCCUCCACAAGCUAUGGGCACACCUCAGCAACGAAACAUGCCUCCACCAGCAGCUCCUGCCAACGCGGGCGUAAAUGGACGAACUCAACCAUCAUCACCCCAAGGUAGCACUGCUGCGCCUCCUACGCCUCAGCAGUCAAAUAAGGCAAAUCCUAAGAAGAAGAAUGAGGCCAAGGAAACAAAAACAAAGCGCGCUACAAAGAAAGGAUCCGCCGCAAACCUCAACGCUGGUGCUACACCUUCCGCUGACCCAACCCAAGAAGCCGCGACCCCUACUCCUGCGACCCCGAUUACCCCAGUACACACGAAAAGUUUCAACAAUGGUCCAAAUCCGAAUGGUGCUGUACAGCCUGUCAAUGGUCAACCCAUGGCGGCUGCUCCGAACGCUGGAGUUUCCUCAUCGCAACCUGAUCCUUUGAAUUCAUUCCCAAUGAAUGAUCAACCGUUUGAUAUGCUCGAAUUCCAGAAUCCCAUGGGCGGAAAUUCAGAUGUUCUUACCGAUUUCGAUUUUGAUUCAUUCCUAAAUGAUUCCACUGGCGGUGCUGAUGAUACCUAUAACUUUGACCCUUCUUUCCUAGGAGAUAAUGAAAUAUCCGAGACUGUCUGA